AUGGCGGCUACACAAACCGUCAGGGUCUCUCACCUCGGCGGCAUCGAAGUAGGAUACGCCAUCUCAGGAUCGGGGACUGCAGACACGUUGGACAGCAGCAAGCCCACGUGCGUGCUAAUCAACGCCUUGCACACGACCGUCGCAUUCUGGCGACCACAAUUCGAAGACGAGGAGCUCACGAGCACGGCGCAUCUCCUGGCCAUCGAGCCCCUCGGCCAUGGCGCCACAUCAUGCUCUACCGAGUAUUUCACCUAUUGGGAUACGGCGAUCAUGGCUUUGCAGGUGAUGGACAAGCUCGGUGUCGAGAGGGCAUUUGCUACGGGGACUAGUCAGGGCGGAUUCAUAGUUGCACGGAUGGCCAUUUUGGCCCCCGACAGGGUGAGCUGCCCUGUCUCUUGA